AUGCCUCCCACAGUUGUGUCCAAUCGCGAGGAGGAUUCAAUGAACAAUGAGCCAUCAUUGUCAGGAAAAACAAUUAUUGGACUUAUUUAUCCGCCACCAGAUAUUCGAACAAUCGUCGACAAAACGGCGGCGUUCGUAGCGCGUAACGGAGUGGAUUUUGAGAACAAAAUUCGCGAGAAGGAGUCGGACAAUCCGAGAUUCAACUUCCUUUCUAUCACUGAUCCAUAUCAUGCGUACUACAAAAAGAAAGUUUUUGAGUUCGCCGAAGGCAAGGUUGAGCAGCCGAAAGCUGCGGUUCCAGAAGCUGUUAAGGAGCACGUGAAGAAAGCUGAAUUCGUGCCAACUCAUCCUCCACCAGCAUUUGAAUUUUCUCAUGAUCCUUCAACUAUCAACGCUUAUGAAUUGGAUCUCAUCCGAGUCACCGCUCUCUUUGUCGCCAGAAAUGGAAGACAAUUUUUAACACAAUUGAUGACCAGAGAAGCGAGAAACUUCCAGUUUGACUUUCUGAAGCCCGCGCAUUCAAGCUUCAACUAUUUCACGAAGCUUGUUGAACAAUACACAAAAGUCAUUGUGCCUGCCAAUAAUAUCGUCGAGCAGUUGCGAAAUGAUGCAACCAACAAGAAAAAAUUGAUGGAGGAUAUUCAGUAUCGUGUCGCUUGGGAAAAGCAUCAGAAAAAUUUGAAGGACAAGGAAGAAGCCGAGCUCGAGAAGGAGCGAAUGGCAUACGCUCAAAUCGAUUGGCAUGAUUUUGUCGUUGUACAGACAGUCGACUUCCAACCAGGAGAUAGCGCUAAAUUGCCUCCAUUGUGCACUCCAAAAGACGUCGGAGCUCGAAUUCUUCUCGAGGCUCGCAACGAGCAACAGAAGGCUGCCGCUGAAAUGCAAGAAAUGGAUAUGGAGGAUUCGGAUAGCGAGGAAGAAGCUGAAAAACCCGCCGAAGCUCCACAGCCUGUGUUCACUGCGCCACUGCCUCCGACCAAGCAGAAAGACGUUAUCGUUCGCGACUAUGAUCCAAAGAAGGCCAUGGCGAACAAGUCGAAGCCGUCGGAGAAAUGGCUCAUCUCCCCGCUCACCGGAGAACGAAUUCCGUCUGACAAGCUUGAUGAGCACGUUCGCUACAAUACUGUUGAUUCGCAGUACAAGGAGGAUCGCGAUCGUCAUUUGGGUGAGAGAAGUGCGGAGGAGCCGGUAUUGGCGUUGGGCGCCGACAUCAGCAGAAAUUUGGGACAAUUCGCCGAACGUCGUACGGAUAUCUUCGGUGUUGGCGGCGAGCAGACGAUGAUCGGAAAGAAAUUGGGCGAGGACGAGGAAUCACAACCCGCCAAUAAGCUUAUAUGGGAUGGUACUGAGGAGAGCCGAGAGGCGAUAACGCGUGCUGUGCAGAACCAAGUCACAAUAGAUCAGCAGAUAAAUGAUAUUCAUCGUCAACACGGAUUUCUUCCGGAUCCGUCGAAGGAAAAAAUUGCGGUUCAACAGCCGACGGCAACUACGAAAAUGUCUUCUGGAUCGAUUACGAUCACUCAAGGAAUUGCCUCAAGUGCUCUUCCACAACCGCCACCAGGAGGAUGGCUUGGAGCGCCGAAGCCGAACACUCAUAUUAUGCCGUUGAAAUCUGAAGGGCCACCGGCUAAACGCCAGAAAACUGAAGAGGAAUUAGAGCCAGAAGAUGUUUGGCUUCAGAAGGUUCGAGGAAACAUUGAGCUUAUCAUCCAACUUCCUGUUUCUCCGGAAUUCCAAAUGGAUGGCGCAAUUGUGCCAUUUGUGAUGGAUGUUGCAGCGCCGAUUAGCGAGUUGAAACAGAAAAUCCAAGACACCUACGGAAUGCCGGCGUCAAAGCAAAAAUUAGUCUCAGAGGGCUUCUUUAUGAAAGACAACUUGAGCUGCGCGUUUUACAACUUGAACAAUCGCUCACUCGUUAUUCUUCAAGUCAAGGAGCGUGGAGGAAAAAAGAAAUAA